AUGUACAAGGGUGAGGAGAUCAGAAGGCAUGUUGUCUACCUAGAUCUGCAGGAGUGUACAUGUAGGGAGUGGCAGGUCAGUGGCAAGCCCUGCCCACAUGCCCUUAUUGUGAUCACCACUGAAAGGCAGCCAGACAUGAAAAAGUAUGUCAAUGGGUACUACUCAGUGAAGAAGUUACAUGCAGCUUAUGCACUUGUGAUACCCAGCAUAACUGACAAGCAACAAUGGCCUGCAGUUGACAAGGGCUUCAAAGUAUUUCCACAAGUGGCCAAGAAAAAGAAAGGACCUAGGAGACAAAGGAAGAAUAGGAUUCUCAGAUAUUUAGAGAGGACAGGGAAAGCAACAAGGCAAGUGACAUGUAAAAGUUGUGGUGAGCUUGGCCACAGAGCCAUCAGCUGGAGGUGUCCACUAAUAGGCACAAAAAAAGGAAGAGGACCAAGAAAACAACCACUAAGUCUUGAAGGAAGAAGCAGAAGCCUAGUGAGGAUGAACCAGCAAAGGUGGAAGAGGAAACAUCGCCUCCCAUCACUAAGGCAGCAACAACAAAGACUACAAGAAAGAAGAAAACUACUGACAAAGAAACAACUAAGGAGGAAGAGGUAG